UAGCAUCAUGCUUGAUGGCAUCACCCCCUACUGAUCCACCUGAUAAGGUUAAAUCAGAAUCUCGCUUUUGGCCUUAUUUCAAGGACUGUAUCGGUGCAAUAGAUGGGACUCAUAUACCGUGCAUGGUGUAUAACAUAGAUCAGACGCCCUAUCGAAAUAGACAUGGUUUUCUCUCUCAGAACGUCUUGGCAGCUUGCACAUUUGAUCUCAAAUUCAUUUAUGUCUUAGCUGGGUGGGAGGGUUCUGCUAAUGAUGCAAGAGUCUUGAAGGAUGCAAUGAGUAGACCUUAUGGACUUCCACUUCCACAGAAUAAAUUUUAUCUAGUUGACUGCGGCUAUCCAAAUAGGCUACAAUUUCUUGCUCCAUACCGAGGUCAAAGGUACCAUCUUUCAGAGUUCGGCCCAGCUAAUAAUCGACAACGACCACGAAAUUCAAAAGAAGUUUUCAAUCAUCGACAUGCGUCUCUUAGAAAUUGUGUCGAGCGCAUCUUUGGAGUCUUUAAGUCUAGAUUCACUAUUUUCAAGAGCCAACCUCCAGGUUUUCCGUAUGCCACACAAAUAAAGAUGUUCGUUGCAUGUGUAGGAUUGCAUAACUUUUUAAGAUUGGAGAAUACAAAUGAUGACUUCAAUAUUUAUGAUCUUCCACUAGAAGCUCCACGAAAUGUUGCUGAUGUAGAUGAUGAUUCCGAUGAAGAAGAUGAGUUACAGACUCAACAGACUCAACGAGCAGCUGCGGGAGCUUGGAGAAAUUCUAUGUUAUUACUAGACUAA